AUGGUUAAAGAAGAAGAACAACCAUAUCAAUUAAAUGGAAGAUGUUUAGCAUAUCAUGGUCCUUUAUUAUAUGAAGCUAAAAUAUUAAAAUCUCAUCAAGCUGGUAGUAAAGAUGUAUUCUCCAAGGAGAAAAAAGAAGAUCGUGUUGAAAAAGCAUCAGAAUGUGAAAUCCCAAAAGAAUUAGAAAAUGAAUUAUCUUAUUAUAUUCAUUAUAAAGGUUGGAAAUCUUCAUGGGAUGAAUGGGUUGGUUUACGUCGUCUUAGACCUUUUAAUAUUGAAAAUUUAAAAUUACAAAAAGAAUUGAAAAAUGCUGCUUUAAAUUCAACUUCAACAGUUUCUGCCUCAUCAGGUAGAAAAAAUGAUCCAACUAAAAAUUCAAGUAUUGCUUCAACAAGAGCUGGUAAAAGAAGAGGUGAAUUAGAUUUAGAUAAAGAAGAAGAUUAUCUAAGGAGACCAGAAAUUAAUAUUUUAAUACCUGAUCCAUUAAAAUCCCUUUUGGUUGAUGAUUGGGAAAUUGUUACUAAAGAACAUCAAUUAGUUGAAUUACCUGCUAAACCAAGUGUUAAUGAUUUAUUAAAAUUAUAUAGAACUUCAAUUGGUAAAAAAGGUGGUAUAACUGAAGGUGAAAUUUUAGAUGAAUUUUUAGCAGGUUUAAAAGUUUAUUUUAAUAGAUCUUUAGGUAAUUUAUUACUUUAUAGAUUUGAAAGACAACAAUUUUUAAAUUUAACAAAAGAUCCAGAAUUUAAUGAUCGAGAAUUAAGUUCUAUUUAUGGUGCUGAACAUCUUAUGAGAUUAAUGGUUACUUUACCUGCUUUAAUUGCUCAAACUACAAUGGAUCAACAAAGUGUUGCAACUUUAAAAGAUCACGUUGAAGAUUUCUUAAAAUUUUUAGAUAAAAAUAAAAAGGAAUUUUUCUUAAAACGUUAUGAAAAUGUUAGUCCUCAUUAUGAAGCUGAAGCUAAAAAUGCUUAA